AUGGCGGCCCCCAACGAGACCUACACCCCAGCAUUUCCUCCAAAAUCCAAGCCCUAUAUCUCCACCGGCAUCCCAUUUCCUGAAGCAUGUGCCCAUCACAUCAAAAACACAUUCCAUGCCUCCAAGAUCUACAUAAUUGUAUCAAACUCCAUUAGCAAGACAUCCAAUUUCAGCUCUCUCCAGCAACAGCUUGGUGAUCAGGUUGUAGGCGUGAGGUAUGGGAUCAAGCCGCACACACCAUGGGACGACAUCUUGGAGAUCGUACAUGAUAUGCGAGAGAAAGAAGCAGAUAUCAUUGUUACGCUUGGAGCUGGAUCACUUACUGAUGGGGCGAAAGUCAUUUCAUUCGCAUUGGCAAACAAUGUAUCCACCCGUGAAGAACUUUACUCUCUCUCAGCAGAGGCCAAGACACCAAACUUAAAGCCAUGUCAAAUCCCCAUAAUAAACAUUCCAACAUCCCUCUCUGGCGGAGAAUACUCCCCAUUUGCGGGUGCAACUAACACCAUCACCCAUCAAAAAGUAUCCUUUAGUCACCCAUCCAUGGGUGCCUCCCUUAUUAUUCUAUCGCCAUCCCUAUGUAUUUCCACUCCUCAACAUAUUUGGCUCAGCACUGGUCUUCGAGCUGCAGAUCAUUGUGUCGAAGGACUGUGUUCGCUAGAUAAAAACGUUUGUGCCGAAAGCGACGAGGAAUUUUCGAAUGGACUGAAAUUGCUUGUGCCGAAUUUAUUGAUCACUAAAAAUGAUCCAAGGAACGAGCAGGCGAGAUUGAAGGAAAUGUGGGGAGUGGUGGAAGCGAUGAAAGCACUAGGUAGAGGAAUACCCAUGGGUGGGAGCCAUGGAAUCGGACAUCAGUUAGGUCCACUUGGCGUUGGCCACGGCGAGACGAGUUGUAUUAUGUUACCACCCGUAUUGAAAUAUAAUGCGAAGCAUGGAAGUAAGGAUGAGAGGGUUAUCGAAGGACAGAGGAAAGUGCUGAAAGUUUUGUGGGAAGAGGCGACUGUCAGAGAGGUACUUAAGAGGAGGGGAUUGAAAGAAGAAACUUCGGAUGCAGGCGAUGCGAUAGGUGCGAUAGUCAGCGAGCUUGAAAUGCCGAGGACACUAAAAGACGUAGGUGUGGGGAAAGAACAAUUGGAUGCACUGGCGGAUAAUUGUUUGAAGGAUAGGUGGUUACCCACAAAUGCUGUACCGUUGACUAGCAAAAAGCAAGUGCUGGAGGUGUUAGAAAUGGCUGCUGGUUCAUAG